UCUCUCUAGCUUGUUUGCAAAGAGCCAUAUCCCUUAAUUCUAGCUCUAGCUUCUCUCACAAAUCUCUUAAUUAAUUAAAUCCCUCUCAUAGACAGCCAGCCAAAAGGGUCAGAGGAAAUUGGGUUUGUGCUCUCUCCCCCAAAUCCUCCAUAUAUAGGGCACAGGAGGCAUCAUUCUGUUCAUACAUAUUUCUCUCCAAGCUAGGUAGCUAUACUAGCCAGCUUCCUUCUUGUUCUUCUUCUUCUCGGCCCUGCGUUUUGGCGCGCCUUCUCCUCGCUGAGUAGACGCAUCGAUCGAUCGAGAUCGCCGGAAAUGUCGGCCCAGUUUUCAUCGGAGCAUGUUUGCUAUGUCAACUGCAACUAUUGCAACACCAUCCUUGUGGUGAAUGUGCCAAACAAUUGCUCCUACAACAUUGUGACUGUUAGAUGUGGCCAUUGCACAAUGGUUCUCUCCAUGGAUCUAGCUCCUUUCCACCAAGCACACACUGUUCAAGACCACCAGCAGGUACAGAACAGAGGAUUUCAGUGUAAUAACUUUGGGAGCUACGACGUAGCUUCUAGAAAUCAGAGGUCACCAACAGCCACGUACUCCAUGUCAAGCAAUCAGCAGCAAGUGUCCCCCAUACGCCCCCCUGAGAAAAGACAGCGUGUCCCAUCGGCAUACAACAGAUUCAUCAAGGAGGAGAUACAGAGGAUUAAAACCAGCAAUCCUGAGAUUAGCCACAGGGAGGCAUUCAGUGCUGCUGCAAAGAACUGGGCUCAUCUUCCCCGGCUCCAUUUCGGCCUCAGCGUCGCCGACGGCGGCGGCGGCAGCAACUGAUCGGCUGCACGGCGGCGGCGGCGGCCGGCGGCCGACUGCGCGCUUGCUUGACGGAGACGACGACUACGAUAUAUUAUUACCGCGUGUACCCUCAUCCGUAAUUAAUCAAUUAAUUACGUACCACGACUGCAUGCAAUGCUAUCUAUUUGUGUUAAUUAAUUACGUGCGUACUGUAUUUCAGUCUCACGUAUAAUACUACUAGACUUUCUACUGCUAUAUGUACGUAGACCCAAAAAAAAAAGUAUGCGUGAUGAGUUCUACUAUGUACUGUACUAGUGUUCUAAUUUGUAUCUGAACCGAGGAGUUAUUUACAAUGCAUGCACGCACAGAACUUGAAUUUACUAUGUAAGUGCGUGCAUGCUGGAUUAUGCUAAAUAAACGAAAUAAUUAAUUAAUAGAACUUUUUAUUAGCUGUUGGUUUGA